AAUACGGUGCUACGAAUCCAAUCCAGGAAGUACUUCAGCAAUCAACAUGGCGCUUUUGAAAGGGCUUCUCCCCACAGUUUUGCGUUAUUGUGGCGUUUAUCCUCAGAUGUUAAUCCAACUAAGUCGGAGAAACAUUACUUCGCCAGUCCAGAUCAAAGGAAUGGAUCACCUUGUUUUGACAGUAAAGAGUAUUGAAAAUACUGUCAUGUUCUACUCUCAAACACUGGGAAUGCAAGUUGUCACUUUCAAGAGAAAAUCUGCAGAUGUUGGAAAUCCAAGCAACACAUACAAAAUGCUGGAGGAACUCAGCUGGCCAAGCAGCAUCUAUGGAAAAGAGUGCAGUCGAUGUUUUGGACCGAGACGCUUUAUCAGGACUGAAGAAAAAAAGUUUCAACAGGGCAAUCGCAAAGCACUUUCUUUUGGGAAUCAGAAAUUCAACUUGCAUGAAAUUGGAAAGGAAUUUGAGCCAAAGGCGCACAAGCCCACAGCAGGAUCCAUUGAUCUUUGUUUAAUCACAGACACACCAAUAAGCAAAGUGAUAGAACAUCUUAAGGUUUGUGGAGUUAACAUUGAGGAAGGACCUGUUGAGCGCACUGGAGCAGUGGGUCCCAUUACUUCAAUCUAUUUCAGAGAUCCAGACAAUAAUUUAGUUGAAGUUUCCAAUUACAAUUCUGACCAACAGUAAUCACAACAGCAAGUAUUGGUCAAAUCUGCACAAGAAAGGAACCAACAAGAUCUAUUACUCUACUUAUAACUAUACGGACACAAUUCCAUAAUCAAUAUGCAAUGCCAUGGCUGAAUCAAGGAAGUUCAAUUUUGAGAAAAUAUGCAUUCUGGUCUACCAAUAAGGUGAUAGAAGGAGGAUAAUAUCAAUCUUUGGCUGAUUAAGCUUUUUAAGUGUUUUUUUAAACUCAAUGGACAACAAUUAUUUUGUGAUUAUUGUAAAUGAAAAAUGACUGGAAAAGAGUAAUAUACAAAAUGUCACACUCUGAAGAUUCAUAAAUGAUUACUAUUAAUUUUCAUAGUAUUUAAGAAUUCAAUGAACUAUCAAGAAUAAAUCAAUAAAUACCCCUACGCAUCACAAAAGUUAAUGCCCAAGCUCUGUAUUUCUAAUAUAUCAACACAGUUCAGGUUGAUAAGAAGGAAAUGUCCCCUCAGGAUGAUUGGUUUGGCAAAUUGAAAUGAUCACAGGAUUGUUAAACAGGGUGUUCUCUGUACGGAAAGCCACUUAGUUCCCUGGGUCUUAUACAGAGGAAGAGCAACCAGUAAGCUCCUGGAUCUAAAGGUUUGUCAGCUGAGGAAAAGAAAAUUAAUACUUUUGUAACUGAAUCCAAAAGCAAACAAAUCUAAUUCUCGUUCAGUAGACUGUGGGAUGAUGGAUUUUCUGGUUCUCUAGCCAGAGAAUUUCAUUGGCAAAUUGGGUCGUAGUGGAUCUGGGAAGGCUCUACACUCUUUGGAUGCACUGUGCAGAUUCAGUAUCAGCCUCACUCGGACUAGGGGAACAGGUAAAAGACUAGCAAUGCUUCAAUUUGAACAAAGUCCAGUUUGUUUGCGACUGUGAGUUACUGAUAUCUUAUAUCAGCUUGCUAUCUUAUAUAUGUUUGCUCUCUUUUGUGUGUUUUAUGUGGUUUGUACUGUGUAUGAGUGUUAGUACUGUGUUCUGAACUUGGGCCCCGGAGUGAUGUGUUUCAUUUAGCUGUAUCCAUGGGUAUUCUGCAGGAGUUCCCACUGGACCCAUCUGCAUUGUCCUGGGCCACUGGGUGCCAGCUGUAGCAGGGAGAGUUCCUGUCAGACCUACACAGGCAGACACCCUCCAGUCUCCGUCUAGCUAAAAGGAGUCACUCAUGUUCAACUCAUCAGCUGUAACCUAUUUCAACUCAACUUGCUUCCACAGUCAUUGUUCACCCAUCAAACUAACCAGACUCAUCAAGUUGCUCUUAGCCUUCAUUUUCCUGUUCCUGUGGUAUUUAAUGCAUUUUCUCUUUCCUUUUAUGGCCUUUUGUGCCUUGUUAUUUUUGCAUUUUAUUAUUAACAGUAUCACUCAUCAUUCAUUCGUUUCCAUGGCUCUGCUUUUGCGUCAAGCCUCAUCUACGUCCCUGACAUUGCCUUGUUAACUGCCUGUUGGACCUGCCUGUUUUUUUUUUUAUGGUUCAUUCACUUGAACACCUAUGUCCCUCAAUCACAGUCCCUCUUCAUUUAGAUAAUCAUCAAUUUUUGAUUUCUCUAACCUCACACUUGCCUAUGCUAAACUUUGCCAGUUUUUGUCUAAAUGAUCAAUAAUUUAUCAUUCAUUGUUUGUAUUAUUGACUUGUUUGCAAACGCACAAGGCUUGGCCAGAAAGUUGGCAGAUGAUAUCAAAUCAGGAUGUGUUGUUAAUUAGUAAUAUAUUAUAGAUUACAGGUGAAUCUUAAUCAAUUGGGCAAGUGGGCCAAGGCAAAUGGAUUUCAAUGCAAAUAAGUGUGAGGUGAUGCAAUUUGGAAUGUCAAACUGUUGCAUGACUUCUACUAUUAAUAGUAUAAGUCCCAGAGAGUGUCAUGGAACAGAGGAACAGGAGUGCAAGUACAAGCUCCAUUGAAAGCAUCAUCACAAGUAGACAGGAUGGUGAAAAAGGUGGUUAGCACACCGGCCUUCAUCAGUCAGGGUUCUGAGCAAAGGAACUGGGACUUUGUGUUCCAAUUGUUGCGGCCGCACCUGAUCUACUGUGUACUGCUUUGGUCACCCUGUUAAGGGUAAGGUUUAGUUCAGUUGGAAAGGGAGUAGAAAAUAUUUAGAACAAUGUUGCAAGGUGUAGAGAGCCUGAGUGACAGGGUGAGGCUGGCUUGGUCUUUGAUCCUUGGAACAUGAGGAGCAAUCUUAUAGAAAUAGCUACAAGAGGCUGAGAUAAGUUGGAUAGUAAUAAUAAUUUUCCCCAGGGUAUGGAAAUUCAAAACUAAGAUUCACAGAUUUAGGGUGAGAGGGAAAAGGUUUAAAAGAGACCCGGGGAUCAAAUUGUUCACAUUGAUCCCUCUGCCUGAAAAGAAGUUUCCGUUACAUAAAAUGAAGAGCCUGUCAAUAUAUAGAAUCUAACAUUCUAGUUAUAUUAAUCGAGAGGACUGUUUGGUUUGGGUUUCUUUAGAAGCCAACACUGUUAAUAAAUUUCCUAUUAUUUCUCUUCUCGGAUCCUCAAUUCUUUUAUCUUUAUGUAAUUUAACUGAUAACUUUGUAUAACAUACUUUGAAGAUUUGGGUACAAUUUAGAAAAUAUUUUGGUUUAUUGAGUUUUUCUCUUUCUAGUCCUAUUUCUAACUUUUUUUUAAACUUUCUAUGUCUGAUGUAGUUUUUAAAAGAGUGGCAUAGAUUGGGUAUUAAAUGUUUUCAUGAUUUGUUUGUUGGAGAUAGUCUCUCUUCAUUUGAACAGCUGUCAGUUAAAUACAGCCUACCGAGAAUUCUUUUUUUCUAUAUUUACAAUUUAGAGACUUUUUGCAUUCUCAACUAUAUACAUUUUCUAAAAGUUUAGAUAAAAAUUUACUUGAUAUUAUUUUUAAUUUGAGACCCUUCCAAAAUGCAUCUAUAUCUAAUAUUUAUGGUAUGUUGUUGGGAAUGAGAAAUAUUCCUUUAGAUAAAAUUAAAAAUCUUUGGGAACAAGAUUUACAGAUUUCAAUUUCUAAGGACACUUGGAAUGAAAUGUUUUAAAUUGGUUAAUACCUCAUCGUUAUGUGCCUGUCAUUCCCUUUACAGUUUAAAGUGGUUCAUAGAGCCCGUACGUCUAAAGAUAAGCUGUCUCGUUUUUAUUCAGAUAUAUCUCCCUAUUGUGAUAGAUGUAAUAAUGGAGAAGCUUCACUAAUCCAUAUGUUUUGGACUUGUCCAAGUCUUGAAAAAUACUGGAAGGAAGUAUUUCAUACUUUUUCGGUGUUUUUUAAAGUAAAUUUUAAACCUAAUCCUUUGACUGCCUUAUUUGGUAUUGUUAGAGUAAAGAAUAUCAUUUUGGAAAUACAUGAUCACCAUAUUUUGGCCUUUAUUUCUCUUAUAGCUUGGAGGGUAUUGUUGCUUAAGUGGAAGGAUGCCACUCUUCCUACUCAUACUUAUUGGUUACAUAAAUUUAGAGAAGAUUUGCUGUACAAUUUCUGAACCUAGGCAAGAUUUUUUAACAUUGUGGGGACCUUUUUUGAAUUACUUUCAAAAUCUUUGAUUUCCUACUAAGCAAAAAUGUUGGCUUAUAAUAUGUUUUACUGUAAGUAAAGGAUUUUUUCCUUUUCUUUUUUUUAAACCAAACAGCUGGUCUUUUUCUGGUAUAAUAAAAUUUAUUUCUUUUCA